UUACAUUCAAAAUUGAUCGUGGUGUCUCGGAGUUCUUCAUUAGGAUCUCUCUACAUCAACGCCACCUCAAGCUUAAAAUGAAAAUAAAAUACACGGGCUAAAAGGACGCGGGACUGUUCCGGCUCAGCGCUUUACAAAUUCCUACUUUUAAAGUAUCGAAUUGGUGAAGCAUUGAAACAAGAGCGAAUACAUACAAUAUUUUGGCUUUUUCUCCUUUGAUUUUUAUUUCUGAAACCCACGAGGAAAUGUAACAAUUUAAAAAUUGUAAUGAAGACCACUUAAAUCUUUCGUUUUAUUACUAUGGAAGCAUCCAACGGAUCUAAUUUCGGAAUAGACAGUAUUUUAUCAAACAAUCCUAGUUGUGGGAGUCCGGUGCUAAUGAACGGAGAUUUUCGUCUUAAUGACAGCAGGUGCACCGAUUUUAGGAGCCAGGCCAGCCAAUCUCCAUGUUCGGAGAUAGACACAGUGGGAACUUCCCCCUCGUCCCCAAUUUCGGUUACCAUUGAACAUGCCGAAGCCCAUCUGCUUGAAGAUAGCCUUCAGCAUCACCACCAUCUCCACAAUCAGCAGCAGAGUCUACAGUUAUCGCCGCAGCCUCAGCAACUCGGAGCAGCUGGCUCUGUCCCACGGACUGUCACUUCUUCCUUCUUAAUCAAAGACAUUUUGGGCGAUAGCAAACCACUGGCCGCUUGCGCACCGUACAGCACAUGUGUGUUAUCACCCCAGCAUAGCCCAAAGCCAGAGUUUCAUGGGACCGACGGGUUCAGACCAAAAUUAGAACACGAUGAUGAUAGCGAACUGGACAAAAGACACGAUCUUCAUAAUGACUUGAAAUGUAAUGGAACAAAAGAAGACGGUGAUCGAGAGAUCUCAAGUAGCAGAGAAAGUCCUCCAAUUCGUUCUAAAAAACCAAGAAAAGCACGGACGGCGUUUUCCGACAACCAGCUAAAUCAGCUGGAGCGCAGCUUUGAGCGCCAGAAAUAUCUCAGCGUUCAGGAUCGCAUGGAUCUGGCUGCAGCUCUCAACCUGACCGACACACAAGUGAAAACCUGGUAUCAAAACCGGCGGACGAAGUGGAAGCGACAGACUGCCGUCGGAUUAGAACUACUUGCAGAAGCAGGAAAUUAUUCGGCUCUGCAAAGAAUGUUCCCAUCGCCGUAUUUCUAUCAUCCGAACUUGUUGGGCAGUAUGGACAGCACGACAGCAGCGGCUGCAGCGGCCGCGAUGUACAGCAGCAUGUACCGGACACCGCCUGCACCUCAUCCAGCCAUACAAAGACCUUUGGUCCCCAGGGUUCUCAUCCACGGACUUGGACCGGGCGGGCAACCGGCUUUGAAUCCAUUGGCUAACCCGAUUGCAGGCGCACCACAAGCUCGUUAAACAUCAAGAAAAAGGGAAAGACUACUACGCGCGCAAAGUUAUGGGAAGAGCUGUGACAACUAAAAUAGGCUGUUUUUAUACGGGACAGCAAGAAGAGCUAUAGCGUUGCUACAGGCUGUCAGUUCUAACAAACGAAUGCCUUGAAAAUUAAAGACCCAAAAGGAAAAGAACACUGUUAAUUCCAAUAAAUUAUGACACUAGCAUAAUAAACGACGAGGUUUAUUAAACUGAAAGAUUGGGUCAUAUAAAGAAGGAAUAAUAAAGCAAGACUGAAGUACUCGAAUAGUAUCUUGCUUUCUCACAAUGAAAGACAACGGCGGCGGCCUGCUAGCUUUGCACUCGACCCAGAGGUCUUUUUUUUGUCCUGUGGCGUGGACUUAUUUGGUGUAUAUAAUGGAGGAGUAGGCGAAUUGUUAUUUAUUUUCUGCAAUCAGAAAAAAUCCCUUAGAAGAAACAUGCAUUUAAAAUACAUUUUUAUUCAUUUGACCAACAUGAAGAAACACAAGGAAUGAUCAUCAUCAACUUUCUGAAAUAAACUCUGUAAUAACAAUAAAAGCUCUAUUUUUUA